GCAGACUGAGUCAGAUUCUGUUCAAUGUUUCUACUUGUUAAAAGGGAGUUUUUCCUUGCUGCCAAGUGCUGGCUCUUCUGUUAUCCACUUCAACACCUACGGAUUAUUUAAAUUGUUGCAGUGCUGAUCAAGUGGAGUAUCACCAUCCAGGAAAACUAAUCUGCAGUACUUUUACCUGUUCAUCAUGAUGAAGCUGAUCCUUUCUUUGAUUCUCAUCUGGGCGCUCUCCAGCGCAGCUGGAGCACUUCAGUGUCAAACUUGCACAAAUGAGCAGUGUUCAAGCACAGUACCAGUUACAUGUUCCUCAGAGACAAUGUGUAUAACAGCUUCUCUUCAAGGCACUUCAUAUAGCAAUCAAGAACGGAGAGUCUUCUUCAAACAGUGUGCACCGUCCUCAGUGUGUCCAGCCACAAACUCCCGGACAUUUUCAUUCAACAUCGGUUCUUCUAUAUUUAUAAAUUAUCUGUGCUGCAACACAGAUAACUGCAACUCAGAAACUCUGACUUUCCUUACUGAUCAGUCCGAUAACAGCCUGCAGUGUUUCACUUGUGACCCUGUCACCUCUCAGUGCAACACUAUAUUACAGUGUAAAGGACUGGAGGACCGCUGCUUUCAAGCCAGUGUGACGAAUGAAUUCACUGGAAGCACUUCUCCAAUCUCUGGCUGUAUAUCUGGUAAGCAGUGUGGAGUUGUUGCUGACCCAUUUGUGAAACUAUUUCUGGGCAAAGUCAGCAGUGAACUCAGCUGUUGUGAAACCAGUUUGUGCACUAAUUUCACAACAACUGUCAACCCAACACCAACCACCACAUCAGCAACACAAUCUGCCACAACUACAUCAUCCGCCAGUGAUGUCUGUUGUAUGAGACUGGGUGUGAUCCAUCUACUGCCUGGGCUUCUUAUCUAUGCGAUUUGUAUGACAAACCGCUGCUUUGGAAUGAAUGUGACGAUUGGGUCCACCUCUUCUCUGGUCUUUGGCUGUGCAUCUGCAAACCUGUGUUCAGCUGCCUCCAACCCAUCCAGCAUACCUAUCUUACAAAGUGUAGGUAACAUCACCCGUGGGCCAACCUGUUGUGCGACCAAUUUGUGCAACACUAUCGCAGCAACGAUUGGCAGUGAUGCCUGCUGUAUCAGACUGGGUGUGAUCCCUCUGCUGCUCACACUCCUUGCCUUUACCUUCUAUUAGAACAGAAAG